CCCUCUAGUGCCGGGCGCCCUGCACAAACGCGCUCUGUUUCGCCGUUCUUUAGCUGUACUCUGUCGUUAACUGGCGUUGUACGGUUCUCUGCUGCAGCAGUCAGUCCAGGCUUGCAUGGAACUGGCUACAGCGGCACUACGCGCGCUCACACCGACCAACCAAACAACGGAUACCGUGCCACUUGGAGUUUGGAACUGUCUGUCACUAGCCGCAUCCUGGCGUCCUCCAUUUACCGCGUGAAGGAAUCACGAAUACGUUUUGGCUGAAACCAGGAGAAAAUAAAAUAGCGCACCUGAGGAGGAAUGUUUGAUUAGAUUUCUUGUCAAAACAGUUAAAUACAGGAGGCUCCGACACGGAGCACAACGUUUUAAUGAUCUAAGAAGUAUUUUGUCGUUGAGCAUUGCUCUAGGAAUGCGGUCUCUGCCGGUAUAUGUCGUCUUGAUUUUAGUUUUUGCCGCCGUGUGAACUUCACCAACCUUCCUCAGCUCUCCGCCGGAUCAUGCGAUGGAUCUCCUCCAGUAGCCUACAGCCGUCUGUCAGCUCUCUCCAGCGGGGACUUGAUGUGAGGAGGGUCCGGGAAGAGGAGAGACACCCACGGCUCCGCUUGGGAUUUCAAGGCGCGUUGUGACCAGGUUUCUUCUCUUGGAUAGUCUCCUGCUCGGCGCGGUGCUGGGCAGCCAGUGGAUGGUACAGAAAUGACUUUAGGAGAAAAACUCUGCCUCGUUUUCCUAUUUUUUCGGAUUCUCUUCACUCCUACCAGCCACGGCAAUCAAGUGGUACUGCUGGACACCACCUCUGUUUUGGGAGAGCUGGGAUGGAAGACCUAUCCCAUGAAUGGGUGGGAUGCUAUAACAGAGAUGGAUGAACACAACCGUCCCAUCCAUACCUUCCAGGUGUGUCACGUGAUGGAACCCAACCAGAACAACUGGCUACGCUCCAACUGGAUCUUCCGCCAGGCCGCACAGAAGGUGUAUGUGGAGCUGCGGUUUACUCUGAGAGACUGUAACUCCAUCCCCUGGGUGUCUGGGACCUGCAAGGAGACCUUCAACCUCUUCUACUAUGAGACAGACGAGUCCCACGGGGUCAAGUUCAAACCCGCCCAGUACACCAAGAUCGACACCAUCGCAGCCGACGAGAGCUUCACCCAGAUGGACCUGGGAGACCGCAUUCUCAAGCUCAACACGGAGGUACGGGAAGUGGGUCCUAUCUCCAGGAAGGGUUUCUACCUGGCGUUCCAGGACAUUGGGGCGUGCAUUGCCCUGGUCUCUGUCAGGGUGUACUAUAAGAAGUGUCCCUUCACCCUGAGGAACCUGGCCUCCUUCCCCGACACCGUGCCCCGGGUCGACUCAUCCUCCCUGGUGGAGGUCAGGGGAGCGUGUGUGGAGCACGCCGAGGAGAGGGACACGCCCAAACUGUACUGCGGCGCCGACGGUGACUGGCUGGUGCCGUUGGGGAAGUGUGUCUGUAGCCUGGGCUACGAAGAGAUGGAUGGGGCAUGUCUCGCGUGUCGACCAGGCUUCUACAAGGCGUUUGCGGGGAACAUCAAGUGUUCCAAGUGUCCCCCUCACAGUUUCAGCUACGGUGAGGGGGCUGCUUUCUGCCACUGUGAGAAGGCUUUCUACAGAGCUGAGAGAGACCCACCCACUAUGGCCUGCACACGUCCCCCCUCCCCUCCUCGUAACGUGGUCUUCAACCUGAAUGACACCUGUCUACUGUUAGAGUGGUCUCCUCCCAGUGACAUGGGUGGUCGCAGGGACCUGACCUAUAACGUGCUGUGUAAACGCUGCGGCCCAGAGCCCGACCAAUGCCAGCUGUGUGGGGAGGAGCUUCGCUUCGUGCCCCGCCCCCAGGGCCUGACCAACGCCAUGGUAACAGUGAUGGAAUUCUCGGCUCACGCCAACUACACCUUCGAGAUUGAGUCGCUGAACGGAGUGUCUAAGAUGAGCCACUUCCCGAGACCUGUGGCCGCCAUCACGGUCUCCACCGACCAGGGCGGUCCCUUUAUGGUGGGUGUGCUAAAGAAGGACUGGGCAUCUCAGAACAGUAUUGCCCUGUCGUGGCUGGAGCCAGAACAGACCUCCCUCCUGGUGGUUGACUAUGAGGUCAAGUACUUUGAGAAGGAACAUGAGGAGUUGAGCUACUCGUCGACGCGGACCAAAGCCCCCAGUGUGGUCAUCACAGGAUUAAAACCCUCCACCUGCUACGUCUUCAGCCUGAGAACACGCACCUCCGCUGGACACAGCGCCUAUAGCCCCAAAUGCGAGUAUGAGACCACGGACGACACGUCGGACAUGGCUUCAGACCAGGGUCAAGUGUUGGUGAUUGUCACGGCAGCCGUGGGUGGCUUCACUCUCCUCAUCAUCCUCACCCUCUUCUUCCUCAUCACCGGACGGCCUCAGACCUCACACAGCAGGAUCCCAACCUGGCAACCCAUUGAUAUCCAGCGCUCUGAUAGCCUCUCUGAUCUGGCAACCUGGAUCUUGUGUCAGUGGUACAUCAAAUCCAAGAUGAGCUCAGAGGACAAGAGGAGGACCAACUAUCAGAGCGGACAUGCUCUCCCGUACCCGGGGGUAAAGUCCUAUGUAGAUCCAGACACCUAUGAGGAUCCUACCCAGGCCGUCCAUGAGUUUGCCAAAGAGAUCGACCCCACCCGGAUCCGUAUAGAAAGAGUCAUCGGAGCAGGUGAGUUUGGGGAGGUGUGUAGCGGUCGUCUGCGGAUACCGGGGAAGAGGGAGAUUGCCGUGGCGAUAAAGACGCUGAAGGGCGGCUACGUGGAGCGCCAGAGGCGGGACUUCCUCCGAGAGGCCAGCAUCAUGGGACAGUUUGACCACCCAAACAUCAUCAGGCUGGAGGGCGUGGUCACCAAAAGCAGACCUGUGAUGAUUGUUGUGGAGUACAUGGAGAAUGGAUCUCUGGACUCUUUCCUGAGGAUGCAUGACAGCCACUUCACAGUGAUCCAGUUGGUGGGCAUGCUGCGUGGUAUCGCAUCGGGCAUGAAGUACCUGUCUGACAUGGGCUACGUCCACAGAGACCUGGCCGCUCGCAACAUCCUGGUCAACAGCAACCUGGUGUGUAAGGUGUCUGACUUCGGCCUGUCCAGAGUCCUGGAGGACGACCCCGAGGCUGCUUACACAACCACGGGAGGUAAGAUCCCUAUCAGGUGGACAGCUCCAGAGGCCAUCUCCUACAGGAAGUUCUCAUCAGCCAGCGAUGCCUGGAGUUACGGAAUCGUCAUGUGGGAAGUGAUGUCAUACGGGGAGCGGCCUUACUGGGAGAUGUCCAAUCAGGACGUGAUCCUGUCCAUAGAGGAGGGCUACCGUCUCCCUGCUCCUAUGGGCUGCCCUGUAGUUCUACACCAGCUGAUGCUACACUGCUGGCAGAAGGAGAGGAGCCAGAGGCCCAAGUUCACUGACGUGGUCUCCUUCCUGGACAAGCUGAUCAGGAACCCCAGUAGCCUGCUGGCCCUGGUGGAAGAUAUACAGGGUCUACCAGAGUCCCCAGGAGAGGUGGUGGACUACCCCAUGUUCAUCUCCAUCGGGGAUUGGCUGGAUUCCAUCAAGAUGAGCCAAUACAAGAGCAGCUUUGUGGCAGCAGGAUUCAGCACACUGGACUCAGUGGCCCAGAUGAGCAUUGAAGACGUGCGGAGGAUCGGGGUGGUGUUGAUUGGCCACCAGAGGAGGAUCGUCAGCAGCAUACAGAACCUCCGACUGCAGCUACUACACGAACAGGAGAAGGGCUUCCAUGUAUGAGACCUUAGAACGGACAGACAGACGGACAGAGAGAGAGAUGGACAGAGAGACAGACAGACAGCCACAGCCUGUGCCUCAGUCUUCACCCCUCAGACAGACAGACCGUCUCAGCCCGUAGGCCUCUCUCAGACAGACUACUACACACUUGGACCUCGAUGCAGAACCUCAAUAAAGCCAGACUGUUUUAUACACCUGAACCUGCUUCAGCCAGAGACAGAACAGCAGAGACAGAGACAGGACUCUGAGAGACACACUGUACUGGCUGUCCCUGGCUCCCCCUGGGGCAUGUAUGCCUUGUUGCAGCAUCAGUACUUCUCGUCUAUGUGGAGCAACAUUAUUAUACAGUAGAGCUGUAGAUUUGGGAAUGUACAUUUUCUCUCCAUGUUUUUGUGACCAUGAUGUAGCUGCUAACAGAUGAACAAUCAAAAGGAUUGUCCUUAAAUAAUAUGAUGUGAAUUAUUUUGGAGUUUGAUAAGUAAGCGUCAUCAUAAGGUAUUCUUGUUGCAUUAUUUAACCUCUCCAGAGUAUCUGGGUAUGCUAAUACUUGAAGAAAACGAAGAGACCGUUUUUGAAGUGCAGAGGAUUUCUGAAUGUUUUAAGUGUAUAGACAAUUUAUCGAUUAUAAUCCUAAACUAAUAUUUAUAUCUGUGCAGUCCUGUAUGUGAGCGCCCUAGUAAAUCUGGAUGUUAUCUCUUUAUUUACCAUUUUAUCGAAAUCAGCAAUAUAUGCAGUCGUCUCAGUAACUAAGAUAAGAGAAAUAAAUAAAUAAUACUCUCUUAUGGACCUAUAGACAUUGAGAGCAGAUUGUCAGCAAACCUCAACAGACUCUGUACAUGCUAACAUGCCAACUACACAGGGCAGUCGUGCAAUGCUAAAGACUUAUGAAAGCUGUUGGAAACAAAUGUACGGUAUAUAGUAGGAGGGGAAAUCAAGGCUGUUGGGCAUACAGUAGUUGGUUUCAUUAUAUGUUUUUGUGGUCAAGACUCACGUGUAUUCCAUGCUAGAGAGAGAGGUAUGUUCUGCUCGGUGACAGACACACAGAGACAGCAGCACCAGAGUCAUAUAUCUCUUUGUCUCUAUAUGGCCCUCAGCAGCAUUGUAAUAACCCAUAAACCUCUCCAGAUCCACAGUAACGCAGGUGGUUCGGUGAACCACAAAAAAUAUAUGCCUGAAACCUGAAGACUUGCGUUAGCUAAUGCUUAGGCUUUAACUCGGCACGCUAACAUAGUCUUGUGGAGUACAGACGACCCAGGUUCAAACCCAGUCGGUCACAUACACACACACACACACACACCUACAAUAUAGUAUGUUCUGGAGCAGGAGUGUACCUGAGGAGCCUGUAUGGCAGUGGAUAGUGGUGGGAGGAGCUAAAGGAGGACAGGCUCAUUGUAAUGGCUGAAAUGGAACCAAUGGAACGGUAUCAAACACAUCAAACAUAUGGAAAGUUCCAAAAAUUCCAUUCCAGCCAUUACAAUGAGACUGUCCUCCUAUAGCUCCUCCCACCCGCCUUCACUGCUUUACGGAGUAGGAGGAAGUUGCCCCCAGACACUGAUCUAAAGUCAGUUUAAUAGUUUACCCCCUAAUGGUUGAGGUAAGAAUGGAGGUAGGCUAAGCUGAUCCUAGAUAUGUGGUUUGGAACAACUUCUAAAUGGAGCUCACCUGUCCAGCAGGUUUUCACAGACAGACCAUUCAGGUGUCCCUCAGAGGGGAGGACACACAUACACACACACUUCCCUCCUCCUGGAAGGAGAGACUAGAUCAGGCUGUUUAAAAUGUCUUACUGCUGAGCAACGGGAGAAUGCUAUUUUGUACAAAGUACAAGUAUACUUAUAAUUCUUGUAUUUUAUUUUUCUAUAAUUUCCAAAGAGAUGUGGUAGAUCUUGCACACUGUGAGAGGCAGUUUAAAGCGGAUAUUUAUUUGCGAAUAAAGGUGAACAGUUCUG